CUUAAAAGGGCGCGCGUUUGGCGAGAAGCGGAGAGCGCGGGACGCGCCCGCGGGCCGGCCGGGAGAGGGGCGCCUCGCCCGCUUGCGAGCCCUCGGAUGGAGCCCGCCGGUGCCCCCGGCCCGGUCUCGCCCUCGCCCUCGCCGCCGGUGGACUUCGUGCUGGGGGCGACGGCGUGCUGCCUGGCCUGCGUGUUCACCAACCCGCUGGAGGUGGUCAAGACGCGGCUGCAGCUGCAGGGCGAGCUGCGCUCCCGGGGCACCUACCCGCGCCACUACCGCGGGGUGCUGCAGGCCAUGGUGGCGGUGGGCCAGGCCGACGGGCUGCGCGGCCUGCAGAAGGGCCUGGCGGCGGGGCUGCUCUACCAGGGCCUGAUGAACGGCGUGCGCUUCUGCUUCUACUCGCACGCCGAGGACGUCGGCUUGACCCAGCAGCCCGGAGGCACCGUCGUGGCGGGCGCGGCGGCCGGGGCGCUGGGCGCCUUCGUGGGCAGCCCGGCCUAUUUGGUUAAAACCCAUCUCCAAGCUCAGACUGUGGCGGCCUUUGCAGUGGGACACCAGCACAACCACCAGAGCGUCUCUGGUGCCUUUGAGACCAUCUACAAGAAGCAAGGGCUGCUGGGACUGUGGCGAGGGGUGAACGGUGCUGUGCCUCGCGUUACAGUGGGCUCAGCGGUGCAGCUGGCCACCUUUGCCUCGGCCAAGGAGUGGGUCAGAAAGCAGGAGUGGUUCCCCGAAGGCAGCUGGGUGGUGGCUCUGAGCGGGGGCAUGCUCAGCAGCGUUGCUGUGGCCAUGGCCAUGACACCCUUUGACGUGGUGAGCACCAGGCUGUACAACCAGCCAGUGGAUGAUGUGGGCAAGGGCAAACACUACCGAGGGUUCCUGGACUGUUUUGUGCAGAUCGUGGGGAAGGAGGGCUUCCUGGCCCUCUACAAAGGCCUGGGCCCUGCUUACCUCCGCCUGGGACCACACACCACCCUCAGCCUCCUCUUCUGGGAUGAGCUGCGGAGGCUGUCCCUCCAGUGCCAGGGAACCUGAAGGGCGAGGCUGCUGGAGACGUGGGCGCUGUCCCCCGCUGCGGGGACUGGAAAGGGGGCAAGCGGAGGCAUGCUCUUGACCUUGGCAGCCUCCCUGUGAGGCGGACCCCUGCUGAGGCACUGGGUUCUGUGGGAGAGGGGGGUCCUGCCAGAGGUCAGAGGGCAGCUUUGGGGCCCCGAGAGGACAGGCAAGGCAGAGGCCCCCUGGGCGGUGCUGAAGAGAGGCAGGCCCUCCUGCGCUUGGACACGUGGUGAGGAACUGCGCCGUCCCUUCCUGGCCGGCCUGGCCCUGAAAUGUGUGUGCACUCCUGGGGCCCAGACGAAGCCUGGCUGGGGGGUAGCAUCCUUGAAGCUCGAGGGAGCAGGCGGGAAGAGCAGGCCUAACCCUUGGCUCCGGGAGGGAGUCUCUGCCAAGGGCAGCUGGGCACAGGGCACCUGCCGCCUUGGCAAGAGGGUAUGAAUUUUCCUUUGGAUCCUGUGCUUUCACUCUUUGACUGACAACCUGAUGUGCAAGGGCAAAGUCCUGGGCAGAGCCGCCAUCCAGGCCAAGGAGGCCAAAAUCCAGCAGGGAGCGCCAAGACCCAUACGGGCUCCCUGGAGAGCAAAGGUUUCUUCUCAGCUGCUGUAACUGGAGCUGGGCCUGGGCUUGUGCUGCUCCCUGUAACCAAAUAAAGAUGGUUCUGUUGUUGUA